AUGAUUGGUCUCCUCUUUGGAGUAGCAUCAGCGAAAUCUUUAUACUCAACAUUAUAUGAUGUAGAAAACGAAAAGCCAUAUGUCGUUUUAUUUGUAACACCGAAAAAUGAAUACGUCGAUCAAUAUGAAUCUGAAUUUAAUAGUACACGCGAUGAUCUUGGUGAUAUUUGCAAUUUCAUAAAGGUUGAUGUCAAUAAAGAGUUAUUAUUAGGAACACGUCUUCGUAUUAUUUACACACCAGUUAUUUAUGUAUUUUGGCAAGGCAAAGCUCAUUUCUUCCCGAACACAGAAGUUACAAAAGAUAAAAUUUACUCAUUUAUUGCACAAAUUAUUGGUAAAUCCGUUCCAAUGCUUAAAGAAACAGAUAUUGCAACAAAGAAACCACUUGUUGCAAUGUUUACAAAGCGUCUGAAGGCACCAACAGCUCUCUCAUUCGCUCAAUUCAACCUCUCCCUUACAGAUAUUAGAUUUGCUUGGACUAAUAACAAGAAAGUUAUUGAUGCAUUCAGAGUAAAUGAUAUUCCAUCAGUUUACUUCUUCAAGGAUGGUAUCAGAAAGAAAUAUGAUGGUCAAACAGACGCUAAGAAGUUCAUUGAAGAAAUCCGUAAACACUUUAAUGUUACGGAGCUAAAUCAGGCUGAGAAGGACGCUAUUAAGCAAGCUAGAUUUGAAUUAUAA